AGGGUGGUGCUGACCCCUCCCUAAAUCCCCUUUUCCCCCCCCCAGAGGGUGGUGCUGACCCGUCCCUGAACGCUGCCCUGGCUCAGGUGGUGGAGCAGUGCCGGGCCCACAACAUGCCCAAGGCCAACAUCGAGGCCGCCCUGCGCAGCGCCGAGCGCUCGGGAGGGGGGUCCCGGGUGCUGCUGGAGGCUCGAGGCCCGGGGGGCUCCGCGCUGCUGCUCGAGGUGCUCACGGACAACCCCCGGCGCUCCCAGCAGGAAUUGAGGCUCAUCCUCACCAGGAACGGGGGGUCUCUGUCCGAGGGGGCCCGUCACGGCUUCGAGCCCACGGGGGUGGUCCGCGUGGCCCCCCGGGACGGGCGUGGCCAGGGCGUGUCCAUGGAGGCGGCGCUGGAGGCGGCGCUGGCGGCCGGAGCCCAGGACGUGGCCCCCGACGACGACGACGACGGCGACGAGCCGGCGCUCAAG